AUGCGUUGGCGCGAACAUCUGAACAAACGCCUGGGGCCACACAAAAAGAAUGGGCUGCAAUGGGAAGAAUGGGAGGAGCGGCUCCUUGUGUCUGGCCACUACGCUGGUCUGACUUGGAAGGAGGUCACUAAGUCGAUCACUGGGCCAGAUCAAGACGAACCCUGGACUUCAGAGGAGCUUGCGCUGCUCGAAUACCUUCGCUGGGAGGGCAGCACCUGGGAUGAGAUCGGUCAAGAACUUCCCGGGCAUUCGUCCAACGCCUGUAGAAUGCAGUGGUGUAAGGAGACAGAGGGGAUCCAAGGCCCCUCCAGCCAUCAGGGACUCAAUGAUACUUGGUCAGGAGAAGAGGUCAAGGUUCUGGUCGCCCUCCACAACACGAUUGGUCCUCGUUGGCAAGAGAUCUGCAAACACAUUCCUGCCGUACGGAAUUUGCAUGUAGAACAUGGUUUUACACCAAAUGCACAAAGGAAGACGGAGUACGCGGGCCCCCCUUCAGAGUUUUGGAAAGGAUUCUUCGAGAAUGGACCAGGGCCUGGCGACAUUGACUCGGACCUGAAGGAGGCUACCUCUGAUACUCAAAUCUUAGAUGGAUUCUCAACACCUAGACUCACGGGAAACCAGCAGUCCAGGGUGGAUGCAAGGACGCGGAAGGUCAUUGACAUCCCAAUGGUUUAG